AUGUCGAUCAACGCUGCCGUCAAGCUGAGCUCGGGCCAGACAAUGCCUGUUGUGGCCUUUGGCACCGGUACCCAGUGGUUCAGCAACGACCAGGGUGUAAGCAACGCCAACGAGGAGGCCACACUUGCCGACAGCCUCCACGCCGCGCUGGACGCUGGCGUUACCCACAUCGACUCAGCUGAAAUGUACAAGACCGAGGUGUUCUCCGGCCCGGCUUUCCAGGACUACCUGAAGAAGAGCUCAAAGCAGCGCAGUGACUUUUUCAUCACGAGCAAGGUCUUUGUCAGUGCCGGUGAUGUCGAGAAGGCCGUUCAGACGACGCUGGACCACUUUGGCACAGACUACCUCGACCUGUACCUCCUUCACGCCCCCUUCCUCGAUAAGGCCGGCGUCACCAAGUCGGUCGCAGAAGUCUGGAAGGCUAUGGAAGCCCUGGUGGAUGCUGGCAAGAUCCGCUCCAUUGGUGUGAGCAACUUUGCUGUGCAGCACUUGGAGUCACUCCUGGCCACGGCUCGUAUUCCACCCGCCGUCAACCAAAUUGAGGUGCAUCCCCAGCUCUACCAACCCGAGCUGGAAGAGUACUGCCGCAGCCACGAAAUCGUGGUGACUGCCUACUCCAGCCUUAAGCCCCUGGCCAGCAAGGAUGAGUGCAAGGACAUUCUCAAGACUGCAGAGGACAUUGCCAAGGCUCACGACAAGACCACCGCCGAAACACUCCUCAACUGGAACUUGAGCCGUGGCCUCGGUGUCGUCACCACCUCCUCUCGUCCAGAACGUUUGGCCAAGACCCUCAACUGCCUGUCUUUCACCCUGGACCAGAAGGAGAUUGAGGCCAUUGCCGCUGCUGGCAAGGGCGUGCCCCACCGCUACUAUUGGACUGAAGCCUUUGCCCAGCUCGAGUACAAGAACAAGAGCAACAAUAAAAAAAGCACUUUGUUGUUGUUGUGUGUGUGUGUGUGUGUGUGUGUGUGUGUGUGUGUGUGUGUGUGUGUGUGUGUGUGUGUGUGUGUGUGUGUGUGUGUGUGUGUGUGUGUGUGUGUGUGUACUUGUUUUGUCUUUUACUCUCUCUCAUCCUCACGCGCAAAAGAGAGAGAGAGAGAGAGUGAUCUCUGUGUGUGUGUGUGUGUGUGCUGGCCCAAUGUUCACACGCUAUUCGAACACGCACAGAUG